GAUGGCUGGUGAGCUAACUUCCGUAAGUGAACAUUGAGGCAAGUCUUUUGUGGUCUUGUGUUCGUUACCGCGUUACAGCGUACACGUGAUAAAGUUAUACUGGUUAUAAGUAUAUUAUAGCGAUUAUUUAGCUGUUGAUCAACAUAUAAAAUGGGUUUUUCACCAGCUGGAGGCGGCGGUGGCGGGUUUAGAGGACGAGGAGGCGGUAGCGGAGGCCGUGGAGGUUUUGGCGGUGGUCGGGGAACUCCACGGGGAGGAAGUGGCGGUAGAGGAGGUUUUGGCGGACGUGGUGGAGGAGGUCGUGGUGGAUCUGGCGGCGGUGGACGAGGAACUCCACGAGGUAGAGGAGGGCGUGGAGGAGGUCGCGGAGGUAGAGGAGGAGGUGGAUUCAAAGGCGGAAAGACAGUCGUCGUCGAGCCACAUCGUCACGAAGGUGUAUUCAUCGCCCGAGGCAAGGAAGAUGCGUUAGUUACUCUGAACUUGGUGCCUGGGUCUGAAGUCUAUGGAGAAAAGAGAAUCAGUGUUGAUGGUGAAAACGGAGAAAAAAUUGAGUACAGAGUAUGGAAUCCAUUUAGAUCAAAGUUAGCCGCUGCGAUUCUUGGUGGAGUUGAUCAAAUUCACAUGCCACCCGGAAGCAAAGUUUUAUACUUAGGAGCCGCUUCUGGAACAACUGUUUCUCAUGUCGCUGAUAUUGUUGGACCGGAAGGUCUUGUUUACGCAGUAGAAUUUUCUCACAGAUCUGGCAGAGAUCUUAUUAAUGUCGCUAAAAAACGAACAAAUAUCAUCCCCAUCAUUGAAGAUGCCAGACAUCCACACAAGUAUAGAAUGUUAGUUGGUAUGGUGGACACUGUUUUUGCUGAUGUAGCUCAACCUGACCAGGCUAGAAUAGUUAGUCUUAACGCUCAAUAUUUCUUAAAGAACGGCGGACACUACGUUAUUUCUAUUAAGGCCAGUUGUAUAGAUUCUACAGCUCAACCAGAAGCAGUAUUUCAGUCAGAAGUAAAUAAACUUGUCGCCGAUAAAUUAAAACCUCAAGAGCAAAUCACUCUUGAACCAUACGAAAGAGACCACGCGGUUGUUGUCGGUGUUUUUAGGCCACCACCUAAAAAUGUCGCUUGAAUCUUGUGUAAUUGUUAAGAUUAAUUUAAGGAUAUAAUUAUUAAAGAAAAAAAAAAUACAAAGGCUUUUGUAAAUCA